GUGUGUGUGUGUGUGUGUGUGUAUGCGCGCGCGCGCACGCGCUAGGUUCUUGCGUUCCGCCAGCUACAGCCUGAGAAGGACGUCUGCCUUUCCUUCUUUAUCUGGGCAGUUUCAUGCCGCUGGAGGCUUCUCAGCGGAAUUGGAGAGCUCUGGGCCUGUGAAGGUUCCGUGGUGUCUUCCUGGGUUGGAUAUGUUCAUGUUCACGUGAAGAUGGAUUUAAUUUACAGUCUCCUGUGGAUGCUGACAGUUCUCCUGGAGGGGAUCUUUGGCCAAGGAGUGUAUGCUCCUCCCACUGUGCGGAUUGUGCACUCAGGCUUGGCAUGUAAUAUUGAGGAGGAACGCUAUUCAGAGAGAGUCUACACUAUCCGGGAAGGAGAGACUCUGGAACUGACCUGCUUGGUGACAGGCCAUCCACGUCCACAGAUCAGAUGGACCAAAACAGCAGGAAGUGCCUCUGACAGAUUUCAAGACUCAAGUGUCUUCAAUGAGACUUUGAGGAUUACAAAUAUUCAGAGACACCAAGGAGGCCGAUACUACUGUAAAGCAGAAAAUGGCCUGGGAUCCCCAGCGAUAAAGUCAAUUAGAGUGGAUGUGUACUAUUUGGAUGAUCCAGUAGUUACUGUUCAUCAAAGCAUAGGUGAAGCUAAAGAACAGUUUUACUAUGAGAGAACAGUAUUCCUUCGGUGUGUUGCGAAUUCCAAUCCACCUGUUCGCUAUAGCUGGAGACGUGGCCAGGAAGUCUUACUGCAAGGAUCUGAUAAAGGAGUUGAAAUUUAUGAGCCCUUCUUUACCCAGGGUGAAACAAAAAUCUUAAAGCUAAAGAAUCUUCGACCUCAGGACUAUGCUAAUUACAGCUGUAUUGCUUCAGUGAGGAGUGUAUGUAAUAUUCCUGAUAAGAUGGUAUCAUUUAAACUCUCCAAUAAAACAGCUUCUCCAUCAAUUAAACUCUUGGUGGAUGAUCCCAUAGUUGUAAAUCCUGGAGAGGCGAUAACUUUAGUAUGUGUUACAACAGGAGGUGAACCUACCCCUACUCUUACCUGGGUAAGGUCCAUUGGGACUCUUCCUGAAAAGACUGUACUGAAUGGAGGAACUUUAACCAUUCCUGCCAUCACAUCAGAUGAUGCUGGUACUUAUAGCUGCAUUGCAAACAAUAAUGUGGGAAACCCAGCCAAAAAAUCCACCAACAUCAUAGUGAGAGCAUUAAAAAAAGGACGAUUUUGGAUUACACCGGAUCCUUAUCACAAAGAUGACACCAUCCAGAUUGGACGUGAAGUGAAAAUAUCUUGCCAAGUAGAAGCUAUUCCCUCUGAGGAGUUAACGUUUAGUUGGUUUAAAAAUGGACGCCCCUUAAGAAGUUCUGAGCGGAUGGUUAUAACACAGACUGAUCCUGAUGUUUCCCCUGGAACGACAAACUUGGACAUCAUUGAUUUGAAAUUCACUGACUUUGGAACAUAUACAUGUGUAGCAUCCCUAAAAGGAGGAGGCAUAUCUGAUAUAAGUAUUGAUGUUAACAUAUCCAGCAGCACAGUUCCACCCAAUCUGACUGUUCCACAAGAAAAAUCACCUUUGGUCACCAGAGAAGGGGAUACUAUAGAACUACAAUGCCAAGUGACUGGAAAACCUAAACCCAUUAUUCUUUGGACUAGAGCAGACAAAGAAGUUGCCAUGCCAGAUGGGUCAAUGCAGAUGGAAAGUUAUGACGGAACACUGAGAAUUGUGAAUGUAUCUAGGGAAAUGUCAGGAAUGUACAGAUGUCAGACUAGCCAGUACAAUGGAUUUAAUGUGACACCAAGGGAAGCAUUGGUACAGCUCAUUGUACAGUAUCCCCCUGCUGUGGAACCAGCAUUCCUGGAGAUAAGGCAAGGACAGGAUCGAAGUGUCACAAUGAGUUGCAGAGUGUUGAGAGCCUAUCCUAUCCGGGUGCUGACCUAUGAGUGGCGCUUGGGCAAUAAGUUAUUACGGAUGGGUCAGUUUGAUUCGCAAGAGUAUACAGAGUACACACUGAAGGAUCUAUCCAAUGAAAACUAUGGGAUUUACAAUUGUAACAUUAUAAAUGAAGCUGGAGCUGGGAGAUGCAGCUAUCUUGUUACAGGCAAGGCCUAUGCUCCUGAAUUCUAUUAUGACACCUAUAAUCCUGUAUGGCAAAACAGACAUCGAGUAUAUUCCUAUAGUCUACAAUGGACUCAAAUGAAUCCUGAUGCAGUGGACCGCAUUGUUGCAUAUCGCUUGGGUAUAAGGCAGGCGGGACAGCAACGUUGGUGGGAGCAGGAGAUCAAAAUAAGUGGGAAUAUUCAAAAAGGAGAGCUCAUUACCUAUAAUCUGACAGAGCUGAUAAAACCAGAGGCCUAUGAAGUCCGACUGACUCCUCUUACCAAGUUUGGUGAAGGAGAUUCAACUAUUCGUAUCAUCAAAUAUAGUGCUCCCGUUAAUCCUCAUUUGCGUGAGUUUCACUGUGGAUUUGAAGAUGGCAACAUCUGUUUGUUUACUCAAGAUGAUACAGAUAAUUUUGACUGGACAAAACAAAGUACUGCAACCAGAAAUACAAAGUAUACCCCAAAUACAGGGCCUAAUGCAGAUCGUACUGGAUCCAAAGAAGGUUAUUAUAUGUAUAUUGAGACCUCUCGGCCCAGAUUAGAAGGAGAAAAGGCCAGAUUACUCAGUCCUGUUUUCAGCAUAGCCCCCAAAAAUCCUUAUGGAGCCACAAAUACUGCAUAUUGUUUCAGCUUCUUUUAUCACAUGUAUGGACAACAUAUAGGUGUUUUAAAUGUUUAUCUGCGUUUAAAAGGACAGACUACCAUAGAAAAUCCACUAUGGUCUUCAAGUGGAAAUAAAGGACAGCACUGGAAUGAGGCCCAUGUUAAUAUAUAUCCAAUCACUUCAUUUCAGCUCAUCUUUGAAGGUAUUCGGGGCCCUGGCAUAGAAGGUGAUAUUGCCAUUGAUGAUGUAUCAAUUUCAGAAGGAGAAUGUGCAAAACAAGAUUUAACUACAAAGAAUUCAGUUGAUGGCGCUGUUGGCAUUUUAAUACAUAUAUGGCUUUUCCCAGCUGUCGUCCUCAUCUCUAUCUUAAAUCCUCGAAGGUGACCUUAUCCUGGCAGAGGCUAUAAAAGAUUCACCAAGCACUGACAUGAAGAAAGAGUCUUUGUAAAUGGACAUUUAAAAACAAACUACCAAAGAUUCCUCCACUGACUACAGACUCCAAAACAAAACAAAAUAAAAAAAUAGCACUGGGGAUAAAAACAUCAUGGGAGCAUAACUUAUUCCAAACUACAUAUGAAAGGUGAUCUUGACAUGAAUAAAGAAGAGACCUACCUUCAGGGGCUCUCCUGGCUAAUAAGAAUAAAGUUUCAUCUGGUUAAACUCUGAAAAAAAAGAGCUAUAGAAAGAAAUCCUUGUCAAAGCACAAAGUCAUGACUGGUUUUGUUUCAAAAGAAUAGUUUGCUUGUUACCUUGGAAACCUAAUGGCCUGCCAACAAAAACCUCACAGUAAACAGGGUAUGUGAAGAGCUGGCAUUUAUUUUCCCUUCAAGAAGGUUUUUAGUAGAGAAUUAAAUAAACGUAGGCCCUUUUGCCUUUGGCUGUUACUUUUUCUUGAAAAUAAUCCUAACUCAGAGCUUUUUAAGACAUUCAUGUCCUCUCCCCAUCCUCUUUUCCCCUACCCCCAUGGCUAAGCUAGAUAACUGUAUGCUGUCUCUUUUUGCAUGCAUUAUUAUCCAGGAUGUGAAACCUGGGCUUACGUAUUACACAGGCUUAUCGGAAUUUGCUUGCGGCCACUUGAACAUCCCAACUAAGUCAUCUGUUCUAAUGAAGAAACCAAACCACUAUCUUUUAUAAAAUUGCCAUGGAAACCAAGUGCCUUCAAUGAAACAAGCCUGAAAAUUUUUCAACACAGAAGCUUGCACUGCUAAGAGUGGUUUGUGUAAAACUAUUUUAUAAACAAACUACAGAGGCUAAAUGUAAUUAGAGGCAAGAAAACAAAGCCACUUCUGGAGAAGGAAGAAACUAAGUUGCUUCGUAAGCCCUUUCAGAUGAGAUAUUUGUUUAACCAGCUAGACAGCCAUGGCCUUUCAGCUUAUUAUCCAUUAGAAAAUAGCUUCCACUGAUACUGGACAUGGGAACUACACUCCCCAACCCCCUUUAUUAAGUGGAUCAAUCAGAGCAAAAGAUUGUUAUUUAGAAUAUUAGGUGGUAAAAUACAAAAAAUGAUUUCAUUAAUGUCCACUUGAAAUGAAGUUGGCCCUAACUUUAGAAGUCCUAGUUUGUUGAUUGAGGGAAAAGGAAAGCGUUUGUGAUCACAGUAUAUAGAAACUCUACAGCAACACUGGAACUGAGAAAUCUGUCUUUAUUCUAAUUACUGAGGGUAAUAUGCCUCUGCCCUUUAGUCAGACUCUGUGCAGAUUGUGAAAUAGUAUUUUAUUAUUUUACCAACAUUUAAAACAACACACAAAUACUUUUACAAAAAAAAUUCUGUAAAAAUGAUUUUGAGCUACCUGAGGACAAACCAUUACCUUUAACCAGCCAGUUUUCCUAUGUAUUGUAAAUUUCCCUUAUACUUGUUGGUUAUGAAACUUGAUGACCUUUUUCCUUAAAUUAUUUCAGCUUUUAACUUCAUUUUAAAAGACUUUUGUCUAAAGAAGAGUAUCGUCAUCAUUAUUAUUGUUAUCAUUAAUAUAUAUUGAUUAUACCCCAGGGUUAAAAACUGAUUAUGCAAAUAAUUGGGAUAUACAUAUUAAGAUUUAACAUUUGAAAAUAUAAAUAUAAAAAGCACAACACAAUGUAGUGGAACAAUGACAAGGCUUAAUAUUUCUUUCAAUUCUGUAGAAAUGUUUGUGCAAAUUAAGUAAUUCAUCUGAAAUGAUCAUUUUACAGCUAUGUUCAAUAAAGCCUCUUUCCAGGUAAGGUAUGUUAAGACGUAUGUGUGUUUGUAUGUAUACUCACUUAUUCACCAAGCUAACGGUAAAUUGAUUAUUUUUUACUGGUUAUAUUGUCAUUAGGUAUAUCUUUGCACCUUGAUGUCUAAGGACAAGAAUUUUAGAAAAAAAAUAAUGCUUUUGAAAAUGUCAGUUCUCUUUACAUAGCAUAUUGGAAAAAUGCUAUUUCAAUGGUACUGUAUCUGGCAAAUAUGACAUCUUAAUUCAGAAUGGAUGUUCAUAUUUGACUAAGGAGAAAAUCAUCUUAAGUCUUCAACAAGUUGUUUAACUGGGCUGUUAAAAACCUGAAACAUUAUAAAAAAAAUUGGACUCCUCUAACUCAAUUGAAAUGAAAAUUAUUUUUUUCUUGUUGUUCGUCCAUGCAUUGAAUUGAUCCCUUAUAUCUAAGAAACACUCCUUUUAUAUUUGUCUCAAUCCAAUGACUUCUUUUUUCUUUGGUUAAUUAUGUUUGUAAUAAAUCUCUUUAUGAUAGAGAUCAUAAUACUUGAGUAGACUACUAUUUUUUUUUCAGCCAGGCACUUCCCUUUAAUUUUAGUUAACAAAAGUGAUUUUACUUGUGAAAAAACUUUUAGUAAUAGAAAUCUCUUCUUGAACCUUCACAAAGAAAACUUCAUAAGAAAUUAUAAAACUAAAGGUGGUUCUUUUAAAAACACACAUGUACCAAACAAAGAUGGUGUAGAAUAUGUCAGUCUAAAGGGCUCUGGAUCUCUUAGAUAGACUAGAAGCUGAAUAAUUAUCUCCUUUCAAAACAAAACUAUAGUUUAUCUACUUUAAAAACGUAGAAUAGGAAACAAGAAACUUUAAUUCUUGGAAAAUGGCAGGUAAAUAAGUUAAGUAUUAUACCCUCUUAAUAAUUUAGUCUAAUGUUAUUUUUCUAGAUAACAAAGAUUUUAAUGUACAUGGCAUAGUUGAACUGACCAACAUGGUUAGUAUGAUCCUUGGUGGUAAAAAAAAAAUAUGAAAAUUCUACAUUUUGUCAGAAGCAUUUUAUUUUAUGUGAAAAGUCUCAAUAGAAACCUUUGGAUUUCCUGGGUAUAAGCUUAUAGCUGUAAUUUCCAUAUUUACCUGUGCUACUUAAUUUGAAUAUAGUUAUAUAAUUAAUGUUUUGAAAUUGCCAGAAUUGAAAUGAUACCUAAUUGGGCUACUGUUCAUCAAAAGGAAACAAGAAAGACAAAGUAAAUCUUGUAUGUAUAUGUGAAUGUACAUACAUAGAACAUUUUUAUUGACUAUGCUAUGUACUCAUGUCACUCACUGUUCUAUUUUCCUUUCUCAUUUCUUUCUCUCUGGCCCUUCAAUCUACACAUUUCACUUUCCUUUUUUUUAAAUUUGUGUCUAUUUAGCCCUAUCACUUAUUUCAUUGUGUUAUUUGCUAUCUAUCCCUAUAACUAUUUUUUAAACAAAAUAAAUUGUGAUUGUCAUAUGCUAAAUAGUAUAUUGCAGGUAGUAUAGCAUAUGAUAAAAGUAGUAUAGCAUAUCAUAAAAAUUUAUUUUAAGACACUUUGUUUGGGAUAUGGUAUGCCAUAAUAGCAUGAUAGGCUAAAACUCAUAAGUUAUUUCCCAUUGAUUACUAAAUUGCCUUCAAAUGGCAAUGAAUUCUGAUGAUUAAACCACUUGGGUUUGGGUUGCAAACAUGCUAACUAACUGUAUUAUAUAUUAUCUGUGUAAUAAGUCAUCCCAUACCUAUUUUACAAUGUAACAAAAUCCAAAGUCUAAUGUACUAGGUUUUCACCAACCAUUCAUUUUUAUUUUAGAAGCCUUAUAAUUGUCAUGUUUUAACAAACAAUUUAACAUAUGGAAAAUAGAAUUAAUUUAAUGCCACAUUUAAGGAUUUGAGAAAUUUGUAUGGAUAUUAAAGAGUUUAAGUUUUAUGUAUUCACCCUUUCUAGCAAGAUAUUUGGAAAAAGGUGAGAAAAUUUGAUGUUCUCUUUUAUUUGAAUGAAUAUUUUCUUUCAAGUAUAUAUUCAUUAUCACUUUUUUUAAACUGUGCCUUUUGAUAGUGUGAGGUGUGCCAUAGCACAUCAAGCCUGAGUAGGCCUAUCCCCAAAUACAUUUGCCUAAUUACCCAGCAACUACAUCUUUCAAAUUACUUCACAUUGUACUACAAAGCAAAGAGUUUACUCUGGUGCUGCUGGAUGGCUGAAGUCAAUUAGUAAUUAAUGAAUUUACUGUAAAAAUAAUAAAAAUAUAGGAAUCAUCUCAAUCUUGCCUUUUUUUCCUCCAGUGUUCCCUUUCUGUCAUCAAUUUAUGGGUUUUUAAGUAGUUUGUUUUUUAAAAUGAUGCCCACAGUACUUCAAAUUUCAACUUACAAGGGAAAAAAAAAAACUAUGAUACAAUAUGAGGAUUCUUCCUCCAAUUCAACUGCAGCAUCAGAUAUGACAUUGGGAUAAAUUUGUGUAGUAUUUGUAAAAAAGAUGGAAAUGCUAAUUACAUGGGAGGGGGGAAACAAAAGAACUCUAAACCAUAAAUAAAUAUAUGGGUAAAUAGUAAAAUGAUUAGUAACAAAAGGAUCGAAAACCGUGAAUCUACUACAAAUUGAAUAAUGGAUUAUCCUACCAUAUCUUGUAUGAAUUUUAAAUUCAUUAAACUUUGGUGCAAUUUCAUUAUUAUGAUCCAAAAUAUAGUGUUAUCAAAAAUGAAAAAAAUUGGAAUUGAAAACUUUUAAGAAGUGAGGUCAAAAGACUAAUAUGUAGAAACUGAAGGUAAUAUAUUGGAAAGAAUACUCAGUAGUAAAAGGAGUAAAUUUUAGUUAUAUUAAUUUUUCAACAGAUUAUUUAAAAUGUACUUUUUUUGAACUGAUAUAAAAUGAUAGUUUGUUCAUUUCAGUUUGAAUUAAGUUCAUAUCUCAUUGAUGCCCUGGCUUCUUUACUUAGGAAAAUACAUUUUUCCCUUUAGCUCCAUGUUCCAAUUUUUUUAGAUAUAAUUUUAAUCAAUCUUAUACUGAAUUCUAUAUUUGAUUUCUGGUUACAUUAUAUACAUGUAUGCUUCUAGAUUUAAUUUGCUUUUCCAUUGGGUAUUUUUCCCUCUGUUAAAU